AUGUCAGACAACAAACCAAGAGGAAUCUUGAGGAAUAGAGACGAAGGACAGCAUGUCCCCCAUGAAAUACUGGACCAAUUGGAUCGUCAAGAAGUCAUCAAGAACACGCAAUUGAACGCUAGGCUUAGCUCAGAGUACUCCACCAAAGGAGACAAAAUCAGAGCCAAGAUCGCCGAGGAGAAGCGAAGAAGAUCAUUCGGGGCCAGCGACCAUUUGAAGUGGGAUGAGAUUAACUUGUACAAGACCGAGCAGGAGAAGGCUGCUACCAUGAAGAUCGAUGAACCAAAGACUCCAUAUGAGGGUGGCUUUAACCCAUUGGGUGAGUACUAUCGUGAUGACGACAAUGAAGAAGCGGCUCCAGAAGACGAUAUUCCUUCGUUCACUUUGGGUGAAGGCGAGUUUGAUAAGGAACAUCCCGUCGUGGGGUCGCUUAGUGGUGGUGAAGUCAUACCUAAUGAAGAGGCUGUUGUCGAAAACGAACAACCAGAAGACGAAGAAAAUGAACAAGAAUUGACGGCCGAAGAAAGACAUAGAAGAUUUGAAGAGAAGAGAAAGGCUCAUUACCACUUGAAAGGAAUGGUCUUGAAACAAAAGUUUGCCGUGUCCGAUGAAGAUCUUGACGACGAACAAGAAGAAAAAGAACCACCACAGGAAGAGGAACAAGACGAUAAAUAG